UCACGACACUUGCACAAAAUGGGCUGUGAACGUGAAUCUGAGAGGAGACGACGAAUGGAAGAGGAAUGCGAGUGUCCGGAGGAGGAAGUCCCCAAGAAACGGGGAGGAUAUAAACCUCCUUCAGGUGAUUCUGACCCUCAACCACUCUUUCGGCUACCACAUUUUCUCCAAGUGAUUGGACCCAAGCACGUGAACGCAGCCAAAGGGUUUAUACCAAGUAUGCUCUUCUACGGUGUUGCCUCCUUAAUAGGCAUCAUCUACAUAUGCGACUGGAAGACCGUUCUCCAGUACAUGCCGUAUUACAAUGGCAAAUAUCCAACCAAGAAAGAUGAGUAACGAUUCGACCAACAAGAAAAAAAAAAACAGUUCUUUUUUCUUCAUAAUUUUCGAUUUGAUUUCUCCAUGUAAUUAUUUGGACUCUAGUGCUUCCGUAGUAUAAAUGUCAAGUGCCGAUAAAUUGCAAAUAUACCCAGAAAAUAUAUUAAUCGAGUAAAUUUUGAAUGACCCAUAUACAUUUAUA